GACAUCUUCAAAACAAAUGUCAAAGAAGGUGGGGAAGGACCAUCAGAGACAAGGAGGAGCACACCUGACAUCAACCAGGGUGAGAAGGAAUCAGCAUCUUCUUCAGCAGACACUGACAACGAGAGUAGCAGCAAACAGUCAAACCUUUCAAAUGUAGAGGAGGUGAGCAAAAGGACUGGUAAAAGGAAGGCUGCUGCUGCUGAUGAAGAACAACCACAAGCAAAAAGGAGGAAAGACCUGCCAACCAAGAAGAACUUGAUAAAUGCCCAAAGAGCUGAAUUUGAGGCCAAAUACAAACAGCAGAAUCAGCUCGGCAAAGGAGGCUAUGGAUGUGUGUUUGCUGGCUAUCGCAAAGCCGAUAAUUUACCAGUUGCCAUCAAACACAUCACAAAACAGAAGGGCCAAAAUGGGAAACAGCUCCCAUCUGAGGUGGCAGUGAUGCUAAAACUCCAAGCUGGAAAAACUGGUUUAUCAGGAGAAUCAGCAGCUGUGUCCCUCCUGGACUGGUAUGAUCUGGACCAGGAACUAAUCCUGGUGCUGGAGAGACCAGUGCCCUGUAUGGACCUCUUAAGGUACGUCAGGGGCAACGGAGGUGCUUUACAUGAGGAAAAGGCAAAGAUUAUUCUCAAACAGUUGAUUGAUGCAGCAGUACAACUGGAAGAUAACUGCAUCUUUCAUCGGGAUAUCAAAAUGGAAAACAUCCUGAUUGAGACCAGCUCAGAUGUGCCACGCGUUCGGCUCAUUGACUUCGGACUGAGCUGUUCCUUCGAGAAACAAUCAGUUUACCGUGCUUUCGGUGGUACCCUCCAACAUGCCCCUCCGGAGUGGCACUUUUGUCACUCCUAUCGACCCGGCUCCACCACAGUGUGGCAGAUAGGAGUGGCCCUUUUUGAACUGCUUCACAGAAAAGGUCGAUUUGACACCACAAGGUUCCUCAGACGUGAGCUGACGAUCAGCAAUGAACUGUCCAAAAACUGCCAAGAUUUUUUGCAGAAGAGUUUGAACCCAUGUGACAUGAUGCGCCCCACCCUGAAGGAGCUCCAGCUUCACCCGUGGCUCAGCUAAACUGGCGCAACACCCACAUGCAGUUUUAGUUCAUACCCUCUGCAAUACAACAACUAAUUCUGUUCUCUUUUUUUGAGAAACAGUCAUGCUUGGACUGAUUCAACUGGACUGUCCACCAUAGGGGGCCUAAAGGAGUCUGCAGUUCCUUUAGGCCCCCCGGUCGUCCUCUCUUGCUGCUUAUGAUUUGCGCCAAAAUGGCCAAUUGGCCUUUCUGUGAUAUUAAACUAUAAGCAUUAUAAUUAAAAAAAAAAAAA